AUGGCCGAAGACCCCCAGAUCGAGAUCACCCAAAUCGACGUCGACGUCGACGUCCAAGAGAUCCUCCUCGCAGCCUCUCAGCAUGACAACGCCAAACUCCGCCAACUAAUCCGCACCCAGUCAGCCCUGCCGGACGCGGCGAACGUCAAAGACCCGGAAACCGGGUACACGCCCCUCCACGCCGCAAUCAGCGCCUGCGAACCCGACACAGAUGAGCAGGCGAACGGCGCAGCAAAUGGCGACAGCAAGCCGGCCAUUGACGCAGAGCUGCUGCAGUCCGGCGUCAACACCGUCAAGUUUCUGCUGCAGGAGGGCGCGAUCUGGAACGACCUUGAUAACAACAAUGAGACACCCGGCUGUCUGGCGCGGCGCAUUGGGGCGCAGGAGCUGUACGAGUUGAUUGUCGAUGCCGGUGUGCGGGCAGAGAUGCUGCUCAACCGACUAGAUGCUUAUGAACCCCUUUCAGACUCAGAGGGGGAGGGGGAAGCAGAGACAGAGGGCCAGAAGGCCGAAGCAGAAGGCGAGACAGAUGCUGCGCCGGAGCUUGUGGAUGCUACUGAGCAAGCGGCCGGAACAACCUCCGAGACCCUUGCUAACCCGGACGUGUCUCAAUCGGGUUACCUGCAGUCCAGCCUUAAUAUCACACAAGACCGUAUCCUGGACGAUGAUCAGAAUGGUGUGAUGAUGGGCUGGGAGCGCGAAAUCAUGCGAAGAUCCGCGGAGAAGCUUCUCCCUCGAGAAGGGCUGAAGGUGCUCAAUGUUGGACAUGGCAUGGGCAUUGUGGAUGGGUUUCUGCAGGAGCACAGGCCGGCGGUACAUCACAUUGUUGAGGCACACGCGGACGUUGUCGCGGAGAUGAAGCGCAACGGAUGGGACAGUAAGCCUGGUGUUGUGAUCCAUGAGGGCAGGUGGCAGGAUAUUUUGCCUGGUCUGGUGAGUGAGGGUCUGCAGUUUGAUGCCAUUUACUACGAUACGUUUGCAGAGUCAUAUAAGGACUUUAAAGAGUUCUUUGAGGAGCAGGUCAUCGGGCUACUGGAGCAGGAGGGGAAAUGGGGAUUUUUCAAUGGCAUGGGUGCCGAUAGGCAGAUUUCCUACGAUGUUUACCAGAAGGUUGCGGAGAUGGACCUAUUUGAAGCUGGAUUCGAUGUGGACUGGGAAGAUAUCCCUGUUCCUAAGCUGGAAGGCGAAUGGAAAGGCGUACGAAGGGCAUAUUGGGUUGUGGACAACUACCGCCUGCCGCUGUGCCGCUUCAUGGAUUAA